CUAUUUUAUAGCCACAACACAUUUUCUCACUUAUCAGUAGUAGUUAAUGAUACCCCACUCACUUUGACACCAUUACUGUGUACUCUAUGCUUGACAUUCAGAAACCAGAAUCCAACUUUGUGCUGUCUCAUUUCCCCAUUUUUCUCUUAUUGCUUAACUUGCAAUAAAUAUAUGUCAUUAUAGGGUCACCAUUUUCAACUGGGCCAAUCAAGAUUUCAUCUUUAUAUUCAGGGCUGUGUUGGAGUUGAGCAGAAUCAUUUUGUUCAAGAUGGGGAGUGAAAUGCAGCCCUUUGUUGAGACACCACCCAAAGUGGUGGAACCAAACCGUUAUUCACAUAGGUCAAUUGAGACACUUGUGGUGGUCAUAGCAGUGAUCACAAUAGUGGGUGUCAUUGCAGGAAUGAUUGCUAGACUGUGUGGUGGAAGGCACUUUGGGGGCAAUGGGGAGAACGACAUUGAAGGAUGGGUUGAAAAGAAGUGUAGAAGUUGCAUUGAUGGAGGACUUCCACCUCCAUCUCCACCAGAAGAACCAAAACCAGCACCAGCACAAGCACCAGCACCAGCAGGGGAUGCAAGUAAAUGAAUCAGAAAAGCUCUUAUCAGAUGCAUUCUAUUCUAACACAAACAUUGUAAGUCAGUAUAGAAGUUGAUAAAUGCUUUGCUUUGGCUAGCCAAGUGAUACAAAUGUUGGGGAAAAGUUACAUAGCUUUAACUGAUGUAUAGAGUAGCAUUGUGUCAGUUGCAGAACCUAUAUUCAUGUUAGAUUCACCUAGUUGUGCUAUUGGACUUUCUGUUUUGGUUUUA